CAGUUCUGCAAGCGUCUGGCUCUCUUUGAGGGAGAAAUAAUAAGGCGAACAGCCGUGGGUGGGGGAGGUUGAGCAAAUUAUCCGAGGAGGGGGGCAGGCAGGUGUUGUGGAAGUUAACACCGGCCAGGAAGAGCAAGCGGGGAGAGUGUGGCUGGCGUUCCACCGGUACCGGCUGAUCCCGCAAGAAUAAACCCUCAUCCCUCAGGAAUGCAAGCUGGAAAUCCGGUGCAUGGAGUGUUUGUGGAGAUUUAGGGUUGUACAGGUCAACAGUAUACUAGUGCCUCUCCUCCUCCUCAUCUUCUUCAUCAUCAUCCUGUGUUGGACCACUAGCAGCCCAGUGUGGCCAGCCCAGUAAAGAUGGGCCGGAGGGUGGACUUGUCCGGCCUGACAGACGACGAGGCCGAACAUGUCCUAAAAGUUGUCCAACGGGACAUGAAGCUGAGAAAGAAGGAGGAGGAUCGGCUAAGUGAGAUGAAGCAGGAGCUGGCGGAGGAAGGCAGCAGAUGCUCCAUCCUCUCCAAGCAGCACCGUUUCAACGAGCACUGCUGCAUCCGCUGCUGCGCGCCCUUCACCUUCCUGCUCAACCCCAAGCGUGAGUGCCUGGACUGCCAGUACAACGUGUGCAAGACCUGCUGCACCUACAACAAGGAGGACAAAGCCUGGCUGUGCCGCGCAUGCCAGAAGGGCAGGAUUUUGAGGACACAGUCCCUGGAAUGGUAUUACAACAAUGUGAAGAGGCGCUUCAAGAGGUUCGGCAGCGCCAAGGUUUUGAAGACUUUAUAUAGGAAGCACAUUAUAGAGAGAGGAGCACUAGCUGAUCUCCCAGAAAUCAGCAUCCACGAGGGAAGUUUCGGCAAUGACAACGAUGGCAGCAUAUGUGGCAGUGACUCAGUCUUCUACAAACAGAGUGAAGGACACAGUAUGGCUGAGACACUCACUGUUGCCUUGCGCGUUGCUGAGGAAGCCAUAGAGGAAGCCAUUGCAAAAGCAGAGGAGUUCAGCGACAGUUUGGAGAAGCAGAAUGAGGCUCGGUAUCUGCGGGACCACAAAGAGGAGCUCAUAGAGGAACUUGCCACAACAAUUGUACAAAAGAUCAUCCAGAGGAGGAAGCGCUCAGAGAUGCAGACAGAGUAUGACUUUGUCUGGCCUCAGUCCUUGAUUCAGACCAGUGAACAAGCCUCACCUUCACAACCCCAAACGUCUUCACAAGGACCUUCGGACCCCUUCAAGGCAUCCUUCAGCCUCUCGCGCUCACGCUCAGCCUUCUCCCUCACCAGUGACGACUCUCCUGAGAAAAUUCCUCAGGACGAGGCUGUCGGCGCGGGUGAUAGCCUACAUGAGUACUCCUCGCUAAAGAGGGAGGCUAAAGCCACGUCCCUACCCACCUGGAAGAGUGUCGACCGUCUGGACAAUUCCAGUGCAUCCUCAGUCCUCCAAAGUCCAGACGGCAACUGGAUCGCUCUCCACAGCUCUCAGCUGUCUCGUCCCAGCCUCCUGACCAAGAGGAAGAGCCUGGUGUUCAGCGUCUUGGAGAAGGAGUCCGGCGUCGUCUCAGCCUACGACGAGAUGGGUUCUGACUCUGAGGAGGGCGACCAAGGCAGCUGGGGGGCAGCGUUGCAACAGUUCCGCCGCAAACUGUCCGAUGAGACCUACUAUACGGACUCGCAGCAUGACCCCGAGUGGACGUAUACGCAGCACCUGCCCGUGACCUCACCUUCCUCUGGCCAGUACACCAACACGGAGACUCUCAAUUCUGACUCGGAGGCGUCAUCGGCGCGGUCCUCGUGUCCUCGGAAACCGCCUCAAAGCCUGCUUAGGAAGAAAGGACCGUCAGACACGCAUCUUCACCCUUACCACCAACCACUCUACCACCAACACCUUCACCAAAACCUCUCACCAUAUCCGCUUCUCUCAGGGGCACUGGAUGUGAACUUUAACCCCAAGGUAAUGGGGGACAGCAGUGAGGCGGAAGAAAGGCAAAACGACCCAGUUAGAAGGUCACGGCGCCGCCGCACAAGCAAGAGAGAUUCAUCAAUCGAGAGCAGGUCCGGGAGCCAGAACUACUCACAGUCCAUUCAGGAGAGCAGUGGUUUUCUUCUCAAUGACCUACUGAAGAGGGGCCUAAGCGAAGAUCAGCCUGUACCUGACGGCGUGCCAAUGAGCACAGCCGCACCAGAUGCCUUCACAUUCGAUGCCAUCACCCCCGAAUCCCAAGACUGGGACAAAGUAACCCCGAAUUCAGUGGACCUGAGCAUCCCUCAUUCACCAGACUCUCUGGCUCCGGGGCCCCACCUUGCCAACUCGGGACCCGUGUCUGGCACAGGCAACCCUCUGAAGGAAGAACUGCAAUCCAGGAUCAGUAAGCUGGUCAGGAGCCGCACCAACAGCAGAGAGAGCAGCUCGUCUGAGGAGGAGCUGAUGGAGAAACACAGUGGCAGACCAAAGCUGAAAGACAGAGAAAGGGAGAACCCAAGGUCAAGUUUUAGAUUAAGAGAGAAAGCGAGUGAGCCAGGUGGUCAAGUGAACAGCCAAGAGAUGACAAGAAGUGAGAGGUUGAUAAAAAGUCCGCCAUUGAGCGGAGAAGGCCGAGUGAAGGAGAGGAGGUUAGAGAAGAGAGUGGGGAGUUUGAACGAGAUACCAGAUGAGAAGGAGCAGAAGAGAGGAGAGAGAAGAAAAAACAAGAGACAGCACAGGCGAGAUUUGGAGAAGGAGAUGACAGAAUGGAGGAGCAGCUCCAGUGCUGCCAGCUCGCCUGCUGUUACGCCAUCCUCCCAGGAGGUGGUGCUGUCUGACAACCAGAAGUACUCGGCGGCCUCUCUCUGCAGCAUCACCACAGAGGUGUUGAAGGUUUUGAAUGCCACCGAAGAGCUGAUCAGCGAGGCAGGAGGGGAUGGCUGCACGCCCUCAGACUCUCAGAGCCCGUCCACCAUCUCCAGCAGCUCCGAGACCCGCAGACUGGACCAGAGGCUCACCAAGAUGGAGGAGAAUGUUUACCUGGCUGCUGGCGCUGUAUAUGGCCUAGAGGGUGCACUUGGGGACUUGGAGCAGUGUGCCCGCAAUAUCAGCAGUGGGACCACCGACACAGAACUGGCCUUCCUGGAAGACCAGGUGGCUACUGCUGCUGCUCAGGUCCAACAAUCUGAAAUGCAGAUAUCCAACAUUGAGGCCAGGAUAUCGGCUCUUAAAACAGCAGGUUUAGAUGUGACUGUGUGCAAUCAUAUCUCCAAGUUCAAGCCAACAGCAAAGCCACAAACCCUGGACUCUUCACGCCAUCAGAGGAGGAAGCUGCCAGCCCCUCCACUAAAAGAUAAGGUGGAGCCAGAACAGCCAGUGAAAGUCUUUCGGCCGUAGUGUCGAUCAGGAAGGAGCAGCAGCACAAGUCCCUCAGGGCCACAAACCAGAGCCCUGUGGACAAGGGCCCCCCCCCCCCCCCCCCCCCCCUCCCUCUCACCCACUCAUCCAGUGCCUUGACCCAGCGUCCGCCUCCAGUUCCACACCAAACAGGAGCCUCCACCUGCCCUGUUGCGGCCCACAAAGCACUCAGCCCUUUCAUGCCAUUGACGGGAUGUAUACAGCAAAGAUGAGUGGACAGUCUGUGUCUCUGCCUUAACACUUCUCAAAAACAAUCUGUGUACAGAUAUACAACUUUAAUAUCUACCGUGAUUAGGAUAUACCAUGAAGUCAAAGACUAAUAAUUAUAAGACAUUUACCGGGCUGGAAUGUCACGUGGGUCCUGGCUGUUUAGCCCCCCUUCAAGAUUUCAUGAAUGAUUGUUCAUUUGCACACACACAGCUACCAGAUGAUAAUUCCCAUUCAGAGGGACGAUUGGCAUUUUAUGAUCAUUCCCGAGUGCUGGGAAGUGGGAAAUAUCCAACUUGGAGCUUCCGAGGUUGGACGUCAAAGCAUUGUAGUGAAAACAAUAAAUGAAAAACAUGACUGAUGACCCAAACAAAUGCGGAUAAAUAUGGUUUACAUAAUCUUUUACUAUUCGCAGUGGGUAGGGAGCAAGCCCUGUCUUGAAUAGCAACAAAUCUGAGGGUAAUUGACUCCGCAACUAAAUAAGUUAAUAAUUACCGAUAGGCACAUGAGCCACAAGAUGGUGACAAAGCACUACUUUUCUAUUAGGGAGUGCGUUGGUCUGUCUGAAUGAAGCUCCUCUCCUCACUUCAACAUACUUCCAAGACCCCACAAGAUGGCGCCAAAGUAAUACUUUUGUAUUAGACAGGGCUUUGGCCUGAACACAAAAACAACAAAUAAAUGUUGCGUGAAUAACACAAAAUAGGUUGAAAGAAAAUCUGCUAAAAUAGGUCAAUUCAGGAGCAGCAAUUCAGAAAUAUGUAGGAACACUGCCAUUGCGUUUGAUAUUCACAAUGGGCGCCAGAGUUGUGUGGCAUCACAUUUCAGUGUACCUGUACACGAAUUUGUUCCAACUUUGACUCUCGUUCCAAUACACUUUUCCAAGUCAGAGAUCGGAAAUAUCAGUCUUCUCCAUGACCACGGGGGUCUGUUCUUAUCAUUCUUUUCCUGCCAUCUACCAAAACCGACUAGUAGCAAAGGUUUUGUCAUUCUGGUUCUUAUCUGCGCUCUUGUGGAACUUUCGAUGAGAGUUCUAGCCAGUAGCUGCCAACACAUUAGAAAAUUAAGACCUCCUAAAUAUUGAACUGUUAGGUUGGUGUACAUAUAUAUUUUUUAAAAUCAUACAUACUUUCUUCUUGUCACCACAUUGUGCUAAGAGAUAAGCAAGAAGUCUGUCUGUUGUAAUAUCUUGUGACAUCACAUUCUCUCAUCUAACGUUCUUCUAGAACGCAAAUAAGAGAAAAAGGUCUUUACCAAAAUGUUCAAGAUGAAUUAAAUGGUAGCCGUAGUAGACAUACUAAUAAGAAGAGAUUACUGAAGGCACACACUAUCAUGUUAACGAAUACAACAUUAAACUACGAUGGUCUGACAUUCA